AGGAACCAGGAUCGCCGAGCGCUGGGCGGAGCGCGGGGCUGGGGCGCCCGGGCCGAGUCGGCGGCCGCAGCGUCCCCGGUGGAGCAGCAGCAAGGACAAAGGCGGCGCCGCCGGGACCCGCGCACCCGGGGCUCCGCGAGGCGAGGCCUCCAGGUCCCGUGUGUAUCUCCCACCAGGGCACCCCCCAGGCUCAGCGGCCCACGCUGGAUAGUCCCUGAGCGUGCGCCCCAGAAGGACUCCAUGAAAGAUGACAGAGGAAGCCAUCGUCAUAGCCAAGUGGGACUACGCUGCCCAGCAGGACCAGGAGCUGGACAUCAAGAAGAAUGAGCGCUUGUGGCUGCUGGAUGACUCCAAGACGUGGUGGCGGGUACGCAACGCGGCCAACAGGACGGGCUACGUGCCGUCCAACUACGUGGAGCGCAAGAACAGCCUGAAGAAAGGGUCGCUGGUGAAGAACCUCAAGGACACGCUGGGCCUCGGCAGGACUCGAAGGAAGCCCAGCGCACGGGAUGCGUCCCCGACCCCCAGCACAGAGGCCGAGUUCCCGGCCAACGGCGCGGCCGACCGCAUCUACGACCUCAGCAUCCCGGCCUUUGUGAAGUUUGCCUACGUGGCUGAGCGUGAGGACGAGCUGUCCCUGGUGAAGGGCUCGCAUGUCACCGUCAUGGAGAAGUGCAGCGACGGCUGGUGGCGGGGCAGCUUCAACGGGCAGGUGGGAUGGUUCCCGUCCAACUACGUGCUGGAGGAGGUGGACGCCGCGGCCGCUGAGCCCCCCGGGAUGCCCGGGCCACGCAGGGCCCCUGGCCUGAGCCUGGCACGGGGCACACUGCAUGUGGUGCAGACACUAUACCCAUUCAGCUCGGCCACUGAGGAAGAGCUCAACUUCGACAAGGGUGAGACCAUGGAGGUCAUCGAGAAGCCCGAGAAUGACCCUGAGUGGUGGAAGUGCAGAAACGCACGGGGCCAGGUGGGCCUGGUCCCCAAGAACUACGUGGUGGUGCUGAGCGACGGGCCAGCCCCACACCCUGCGCCCACCCCGCAGCCCGGCUUCACAGGGCCUUCGGCCAGUGGGCGCUUUGCAGGCCGCGAGUGGUACUACGGCAGCGUGACACGCCACCAGGCGGAGUGCGCGCUCAACGAGCGGGGCGUGGAGGGCGACUUCCUGGUCAGGGACAGUGAGUCCUCGCCCAGCGACUUCUCCGUGUCCCUCAAAGCGUCGGGGAAGAACAAGCACUUCAAGGUGCAGCUGCUGGACAACGUGUACUGCAUCGGGCAGCGGCGCUUCCACAGCAUGGACGAGCUGGUGGAGCACUACAAGAAGGCGCCCAUCUUCACCAGCGAGCACGGCGAGAAGCUCUACCUCGUCCGCGCCCUGCAGUGACCGCAGCUGUGGAGGCUGCGCCCCCACCCCGGCCUCCGCGGCCACCUCGCCCGCUGCCUGCCGGCGGUGCGGUGCCGUGCGGUCCAUCUUUCUGCCCGCGCGGGUG